ACCCGCAGCACAGCAACAACCGUGACGACAACCACGGCAACAAGAACCUUAACAACCGCUGUGACACUUUUAACUCGAUAAAGUUUAACUUUUGUCUGUCGUCACCGGAAACUGACAAGUUAAGAGUAACAGACUAAUUAUAUCGUUUAUACAUUUGUCACCACUUUGUUAAUUUCCUCAACGGUGACUUUGCGUGAUUUAAGCACAGUUUUGCGUCUGCGAGCUCUGGCAGUGACUUCCGCGUUGGACCCGAUUCAAAUUUCCAGUCAACCAUGUCCAGAAAGGCAGGAAACCGUGGGCCGGAGAGUGAGACACCGGUGGAUGCAUCAAUCAUCCGGAUCCCCCCCCAUCACUACAUCCAUGUCCUGGACCAGAACACCAACAUCGGUCGUGUGGAGAUCGGACCGCGGACGUACAUCCGUCAGGAUAAUGAGAGAGUUCUCUUCCUGCCCGUGCGGAUGCUCAUGGUUCCACCACGUCACUAUUGUGUCAUCGCCAACCCAGUUUGUCGUGAUGAAGAAAAUCGUGUCCUGUUCGACCAAUCAGGGCAGGCUAAGCUGAGGCACGCUGACCUGGAGAUUCGUCUAAGCCAGGACCCUUUUCCUCUGUAUCCUGGAGAGGAAGUCCAGCAGGAUGUGACACCACUGCAGAUCGUGUUUCCUGACACAGCGCUGCGUCUUCAGGCUCUGCUGGACUUCAAAGAUGAAGGCGGAGUACAGAGAGUGGCUGGAGACGAGUGGCUCUUCGAAGGACCUGGAACCUACAUUCCUAAAAAGGAGGUGAUAGUUCUGGAGACCAUCAAAGCCACUGUGAUCCGAGAAAACCAGGCCAUCCGAUUGCGAGCUCGCAAAGAGGGCGUGGACAGAAGCGGAGUCCAAAGGGUCACAGGUGAGGAGUGGUUGGUCAGCAAAGUCGGAGCAUAUCUACCUGGAGCGCAUGAAGAAGUUCUGGACAUCGUCAAUGCCUUUAUUCUUACUGACAAGAAAGCGCUGCAUGUUCGCGCCCUGCGGCCUUUUAAAGACGCCGGCGGGCGUGAACGCCGGACAGGCGAGGAGUGGCUGGUCACCAUGGUUGACAGGGAGGCUCACGUUCCAUCCGUGGCCGAGGAGGUGGUGGGCGUGGUGGAUGUGACCACGCUGAGCAGCAGGCAGUACUGUGUAGUCCUGGACCCGGUGGGAGCAGACGGAAAACCACAGCUGGGCCAGAAGAGGGUGGUGAAGGGUGAGCGCUCCUUCUUCCUGCAGCCGGGGGAGCAGCUGGAACAGGGCAUCCAGGAUGUGUACGUGCUGUCGGAGGAGGAGGGGCUGGUGCUGCGGGCGACGGAGGCUUUCAACGAUAUGCAGGAGGAGGAGGAGGAGGAGGAGGAGGAGGAUGAGGAAGCAGAGCUAGAACCAGGCAAGGCCAAACGCAGCCGUAAAGUUGGGGUCCUCCGUCGUCCUGGAGACCGCUGGAUGCUGCGGGGCCCCAUCGAGUAUGUCCCUCCUGCCACAGUGGAGGUUAUGCUGAAACGAACGGCAAUCCCACUGGAUGAGAACGAGGGAAUCUACGUACGGGACAUUAAAACCGGAAAGGUGCGGGCCGUGAUUGGACACAGCUACAUGCUGACUCAGGACGAAGAGCUGUGGCAGAAGAUUCUCCCGGCUCAGGUGGAGGACCUCCUGGCAUCGCCCUUGGAUCCACUAGCCAACCGCUCGCAACGCAUUUCUGCUGUGUCGGGGGUGUCUGUCAGAGACAAGACCCGUGUGGUCUCCUUCAGGGUCCCACACAACGCCGCUGUUCAGGUGUACGACUACAGAGAGAAAAGAGCCAGGGUGGUGUUUGGACCAGAGCUGGUGAUGCUGGGACCUGACGAACAGUUCACCAUCCUGUCUCUGUCAGGAGACAAACCAAAGAGAGCCAACGUGAUCAAAGCUCUGUGUUUGCUGCUGGGACCAGACUUUUGUACCGACGUCAUCACCAUAGAGACGGCCGACCACGCAAGACUGCAGCUACAGCUGUCCUACAACUGGCACUUCGAUAUCAAACCUCCAGCUACUGCAGCGGCGGCGGCCUCUCUCUUCUCCGUUCCUGAUUUCAUCGGCGACGCCUGUAAAGCCAUCGCCUCACGCGUCAGAGGCGCCGUUGCUGCCGUACAGUUUGACGACUUCCACAAGAACUCCAACCGCAUCAUCUGCUCCGCCGUGUUCGGCUUCGAUGAGAAGCUGGCGAUGCGAGAGUGUCUGCGCUUCAGCCAGAACAACCUGGUGAUCAGCAGUGUGGACAUCCAGUCGGUGGAGCCCGUGGACCAGAGGACCAGGGACGCCCUGCAGAAGAGAGUCCAACUGGCCAUUGAGAUCACCACCAACUCCAAGGAGGCUACAGCACGACACGAGGCAGAGCGUUUGGAACAGGAAGCACGGGGAAAACUGGAGAGGCAGCGAAUUACGGACCAGGCCGAGGCUGAGAAAGCGAGGAAGGAGCUGCUGGAGCUGGAGGCCCUCAGUGCUGCAGUGGAAAGCACCGGGGCAGCUAAGGCUGAGGCCCAAUCACGUGCAGAGGCGGCUCGUAUCCAGGGUGAGGCAGCAGUGAGUGAGGCCAAACUAAAGGCGGAGGCUCAGAAGAUCGAGGCGGAGGCGGAGCUGGAGCGUCUGUCAAAGGCUCGUGAGCAGGAACUUAGCUAUAAAAAGGAGAUGGAUCGUCUGGAGGUGACGAAGCAGGAACGCCUGGCUCAGAUCGAGAGUCAGCGUUUCAGUCAACUGGUCCAGAGUCUGGGCAGUGACACGCUCAAAGAAAUGGCCCGAGCUGGACCAGAACUGCAGGUGAAGAUGCUGCAGGCCCUGGGAUUGAAGUCCACACUCAUCACCGACGGUUCAUCACCCAUCAACCUGUUUACUACUGCUAGCGGCCUACUGGGGGCGCUGCCGAGCACGAACCAAUAAGAAGCCAUGAUGGAACUGUCAGUUUGGACGUCGUCUAUGUAAACAUCUGUGCUUGUUUGAAGGAAAGGAAGAUCACAAAAGGUUCAUGAAGGAAAUAAAAUCCUAAAAUAGUU